AUGAAACACUCUAUAAUUGUUGAAACCAAAGACAAAAUGUUAAUCAAGACGUUAGGACUUAUUUUAUACCUCUCAUCGUCUCAAUCCGAAUACCUUUUCAGGCCAAACUUGCCAAUGGGCAAAUAUCGCAUGGUGAUUGAUAAAGUAUAUCCGUGUGAAACAACAAAAAACCAUCCGAUUCAAUUAAAUUGGUAUUUUAGUAAAAGGACACCAAGUAUAACGGAGGUAAAAGGGAAUUCGACACUUUUGAUACCUUUCGAUGAUACCCUUGCACUCGAUUAUAACCUUAUGUCUUGGGGCUCAACUGGUGGAUGGGUGCCAAAUGCAUAUAUUCUCAAUACAAAAAAGGCAUGCAGUAAUUUAAAACAUCUCCUUGGAAAUGCAUGGCUCAACAUUAUAGAGGGUUUCAACAUUCCAUCUGAUAAAUGUCCAAUACCAGUGGGCACAUAUAUUACGUCAGGUUUCGAUAAGCAGAAACUUGAAGAUAUGAACUUUCCUAAAACAUUUUUUUUUGGAAAAUAUAAAAUGGUGUGUCGUUAUAAAAAUUUGAAAAAUGAAGUUGUUGGCUGUCUUAAAAAGCACCUCAAAGCAAAACUCUUGUUAAAAUCCAAACCUCAAACUCCGACAAUUCAAACAUUGCAACACCAGUACUCCAAAACGAAAACACCCCGAUUCAAUACGCAAGUGUUGUUAAAAAGUCUCAAAAAAGUAAUGACAAUAAAAUCAACAUAUCCGAAGUAUUAA